CCCCUCUUUUCACCAGAUACUCCUUCGAUAAUUCCCAUACCCCCCUCUCUGUCUCUGGUUUGUUCAUCGUUUUCCUCUGAAACCUUUUGUUUCAUCCGGGAUGGCUCCGAGGUCAAGCAAGGGCAAAUCCACCAGAGGGAAAGGGGAGAAGAAGAAGAGAGAAGAGAAAUCUGUCGUGCUGGGUCUGGUGGAUGUCACCGUCUUGACUCCCUAUGAAUCGGAAGUCACGCUCAGGGGCGUCUCUACUGAUAAGAUCGUUGACGUGAGAAGGCUCUUGGCUUCUCAUGUGGAGACUUGCCAUUUCACCAACUAUUCUCUCUCCCAUGAGGUGAAAGGGCGAAGGUUGAGUGACAAGGUUGAGGUUGUUUCUCUCAAGCCUUGCUUCCUCUCCAUGGUUGAAGAGGACUACGAAAAGGAGUGCCAGGCUGUCGAUCACGUACGAAGGCUCCUGGACAUUGUAGCCUGCACCACCAGGUUCGGCAGGCUCAAGCGCGACCAUUCCAAAUCCUCGAAGAAAUCCCUCGUCGCCGAUGGGAAUCAACCGCAGCCGCGUGGGAAUUCGUCGGAGCCUUCUGCUCCGGCCGCCGUGUCGGAGGGCCUGGACAUGGUCGCUAUCCAUCCGACUCCGAAGCUUUCCGACUUCUACGACUUCUUCUCCCUCCCUCACGUUCCUUCGCCGAUUCUCAAUGUGAAGAAGCUUGACGAUAAGGACUGUGGGCAGAUGGGUGAUGGUGACUAUUUUGGACUUCAGAUUAAAAUCUGCAAUGGAAAGACGAUAAAUGCGAUAGCAUCAGUGAAAGGGUUCUAUGCUGUUGGACGGCUGCUCUCACGUAGCCACUCCCUUGUAGAUUUGCUUCAGAACAUUAGCAAUGCUUUUGCCAAGGCAUAUGCAUCCCUUAUGAAAGCUUUCACUGAGCGCAAUAAGUUUGGCAACCUUCCAUAUGGAUUUCGUGCAAAUACGUGGCUUGUCCCUCCGUCAAUUGCUGAAUCUCCUUCUACAUUUCCUGCUCUACCAACAGAAGACGAGAACUGGGGUGGGAAUGGUGGAGGUCAGGGCAGAAGCGGUAACUAUGAACUUCGACCUUGGGCUGCAGAGUUUGCUAUAUUGGCCAGGCUUCCUUGCAGGACCGAGGAGGAGAGAGUUAUCCGAGAUAGGAAGGCUUUCUUGCUUCACAGCCAAUUUGCUGAUGUUUCAAUUUUAAAAGCUGUUAGAGCUAUUCGGCAGGUGGUUGAUGCUAAUCAACAAACAGGCAGAAGAAGAAAUUUUGCUGCAGGCUCUAUCUUGCUCGAGGAAAAUGUUGGAGAUUUGUCUAUUGUUGUGAAACGUGAUAUAGCCAGCAUUGGCUCCGGGGUUGAAGAUAAUUGUUGUGAUGAACAAUAUGCUCUAUCGUCCAAGGAAGAUAUUCAAAAGAGUUUACUUAAAGGGAUAACUGCUGAUGAGAGUGUUAUCAUACAUGACACUGCCGCUUUGGGCACAAUUAUUGUAAGGCAAUGUGGAUAUACCGCGGUGGUGAAAGUUAGUGGUGAAACUAAUAUCGGAGAGCCUGUUUCUAUUGAUAUUGUGAUCGAUGAUCUGCCUGAUGGAGGAGCUAAUGCUCUUAAUAUUAACAGCCAAAGGAUUCUGCUUCACAAGUCAUAUGGUAUUGGAACAGCUGGAGGGGACCAGCCGCCACAAAUUGAUUCAAAUGAUAUUGAGCCUUUCAGAUGUCUUGUACAUGAGUUGGUUAAAGAAAACUUGACCAAGUUAUCAGAAAAACCGAUAGCUUCUGAAAGGCCCAUUAGGUGGGAACUUGGUUACUGUUGGAUUCAGCAUCUACAGAAGAAAGAAUCUGUGAUGGAGACUGCUUCUGGAACACCUACAGUAGAUGAUGAUAAUGAAUAUUCAGUUAAAGGUUUGGGAAUGCAAUUCAAAGAUCUAAAGAUAAGAAAUAAGAAACCAGGUACGACAAGUAGCAAGGGGGAAAAGGAAGAAGAUAGCAGACUGUGCAGGAUGAAUGUGGAGGCCGAGUUAGGGCAACAAAGAAUUCAUGAAUCAAACUUUGAGACUGAACUGAAAGAACUUAUUUCUGAAGAAGCUUUCUCACGCCUAAAAGAAAGUGGAACUGAUCUUCAUUUAAAGUCAAAAGAUGAGCUUAUAGAGAUGGCAUACAGAUAUCAUGAUGAAAUUGCCCUGCCAAAGCUGGUUACGGACUUUGGUUCACUGGAGCUUUCACCAGUUGAUGGUCGGACAAUGACUGACUUCAUGCAUACAAGAGGACUCCAGAUGCGUUCUCUAGGACACGUGGCUAAACUUGCUGAGAAGCUUCCUCAUAUACAGUCCCUUUGUAUUCAUGAGAUGAUUACAAGAGCUUUCAAGCAUCUGCUUAGGGCGGUUAUUGCAUCUGUCAAUACUGUGGCAGCCUUAUCCACGGCAUUAGCUUCGGCAUUAAAUUUUAUGUUUGGACACCCUGGGAUGGACGAGAGUGACAAGAGCUCCAACAAAGAUUAUUGUCUCAAAUUAGAGUGGCUACAGAAAUUUGUUUUCUCAAAAUUUGAUUGGACAGAGAAAGAAGACUUCGAACGUUUGAAAAAAUUUUCUAUCCUCCGAGGACUUUGCCAAAAGGUUGGUCUUGAACUGGUUACAAGAGACUAUGAUUUUGAUUCUCCAUAUCCCUUUAAGAGCUCUGACAUUAUUGGUUUGGUUCCCGUCUGCAAGCGUGCAGUAUGUGCUUCCUCUGAUGGAAGGACAUUGUUGGAGUCAUCAAAGCUUGCCCUUGACAAAGGAAAAUUAGACGAUGCUGUUAAUUAUGGAACAAAGGCACUAGUCAAAAUGAUUGCUGUCUGUGGACCUUACCAUAGAAUUACCGCCAGUGCUUACAGCCUUCUUGCAGUUGUCCUGUACCACACUGGCGAUUUUAACCAGGCAACCAUAUUUCAGCAGAAGGCUCUGGAUAUCAAUGAGAGGGAACUUGGGCUUGACCAUCCUGACACUAUGAAAAGCUAUGGGGAUCUCUCUGUAUUUUAUUAUCGCCUUCAGCACAUUGAAUUGGCUCUGAAGUACGUGAACCGUGCUUUAUUCCUUCUCCAUUUCACUUGUGGGUUAUCGCACCCAAAUACUGCUGCUACAUAUAUAAAUGUGGCUAUGAUGGAAGAAGGGGUUGGGAAUGUCCAUCUGGCUCUAAGAUACUUGCAUGAAGCUCUAAAAUGCAACCAAAGAUUGCUUGGAGCUGAUCACAUUCAGACUGCUGCUAGCUAUCAUGCAAUAGCUGUGGCCCUCUCUCUCAUGGAAGCAUAUUCCUUGAGCGUGCAACACGAGCAAACUACACUUAAGAUACUUGCAGCAAAACUGGGUCCAGAUGACCUCCGUACGCAGGAUGCUGCUGCGUGGCUUGAAUAUUUUGAAUCAAGAGCCAUCGAGCAGCAAGAAGCAGCACGGAAUGGAAUCCCAAAACCUGAUGCUUCUAUUGCGAGCAAAGGGCACCUUAGUGUAUCAGAUCUCCUGGAUUACAUAAGUUCUGAUUCAGACGCAAAAGCAAAUGAUAUACAUAGGAAACAUCGUCGUGCAAAGGUUUUGCUGAUCAAUGAUAUGACACAUCAACCUCAAAAAGUUGCAUCAGCUGAUGAUGCCACCUCUAUUAUUGUUUCUCAGCACGUCACGGCUACAUCUGGCGGUGUGACAGAAGUAGAUACUAAUAGGAAUGGGAUAGAAGUAACGGAUGAGGACACUGUUCUUGAUACAGAUGAAAUAGGGAAAGACAAUAUUGUGUAUGGGCUGAAUGCUGCCAGCGAAACUGUGGAAGAAUCAACUUCAGAUGAAGGGUGGCAAGAGGCAUACUCAAAGGGGAGAUCGGGAAAUGCUGUUGCCCGCAAAUUCAGAAAAAGACAGCCUGUUUCUAUGAAACUGGGAGCACAACCUCAUUUUAUUGGGAGACAGGAUGUCCAACAGCAGUGUAUUGUCUCACCCCUGCGGAAACCAACUCUCAGAUCUUCCAUCUCUCAGUUCUCUUCUCCAAAGGCGGGGAAAGUUCAGGAGGUCAAUGUUGAGAAAAGUUCAAUGAAGCCAGAGGUAACGGCUUCUGAUUAUAGAUUCUCCCUCAGCACUGCUGCUUCUACCAAUAAUACUACCAUGGCCUCAAAGUCUCUAUCAUACAAAGAGGUUGCUGUGGCACCACCAGGUACAGUUUUAAAGCCAAUGUUAGAAAAAUUAGAACUGAAUGAGGAAGGAACUGAAACUCAGAUAUCCAGGAUGCAAAGCGAAUCAACAGGAGAGGAAAGCAAGGUUGACACUGUAGUAGUAGAGAUAGCCUGUGAAACACGAGAACCUCAAGGAAGCGUUGACUCAGCAGAUAAAUCUACGUCAGAGUCUGAAGGGGAUAUCGGGUCAUGUAGUCAGGAAAGGGCAUCUGGAAUUAGCGGUGGCAGGAGCAAGCUAUCGGCUAAGGCGGAGCCUUACAAACCCGGAGGUCUCCACAAGGUUCAUUCCCCUCCUAACUCGGAAAUGGCGACGAGCCUUUAUGACAUCCAUCUCGCCCAAAGCAUACUUGCAGAACCAGUGGAACCUCUGUAUUACAGUGCAACUCACUCUUCCAAUGGGAAGCAUAGAUUUGUGAAGUACACUGACUCGAAUGGAAUGGAGCUGCCAAGGACCAUGAACCCACAUGCACCAGAAUUUGUCCCAAAGAGAUCUCUGCAGUCUAACCCUCAACACGCAGAAAACGAAAAACGCGAAAACGCAGGGAGCGAGAGGAAGAGGGUUGCAACAGAGUCUGAGAAGAGAGAGAUUGCUAAGCAGAUACUACUUAGCUUCAUAGUAAAGUCGACCCAGAAGGACGUUGUGGCUUCGUCCAGGAAGUUUCAGAGUAAGGAAAAGAACCUUAACAAGAACUCGGAAGAUUCUUCAACUUCAGGAGGAAAUGACAGUUCUGUAAUGGAGAUUGUCCACAGAAGAGAAGAGGAGUCUGAUGAGAACAGGAAGCAGAAGGGAGGAGGAGGAGGCGAUGGGUUUGUGGUCGUGGAAAGGCGGAGGAAGAACAAGCAGAGACUUGCAACAAAUGCAAACGACGUGGCUGGCCUCUUCCAUCAGCCCUCCCCUGUUUGUAUAUGAUCCCCUUUUUUUUCUAUUAAAACCCGCUUGAGAUUUCGUCGAGGUUAUUUAUUAUAUUGUCUUUUCAGUUGAACGUGGAGCGUCCCAUCCAUGUACAUGUGUGGUAUGUCUCUGUCCAAAAUAUUUUCAUAGUUGAAUAAAAAUGGUUGAGAUUGAAAA